CGGGUGUCCGCGGCUCCCAGGGCUCUCGAUCCCGCUCCUUGCACACCCGUUCCGGCCCUGGGACACCUCUGUCCCCCGCCAGCCUCGGCGCGGAUCAGCCCCGGUUCCUCGGACGAGCCGCGAUUUCAGCAUCGCCCUGCGAGGUCCGCAGGGAAGCAGCGGGCACGGAACGCACCCAGUAAUUCUGAGAAAUGGACAAGAGCAUUUUUCAGCCUUAUGAAGAUGAUUUUCAGCCUUAUGAAGAUGAAAUCCAGGCACUGGAAGAAGAAAUUCGGCUGUUGACAGAAAAGUAUGAAGAUAUCCGACAAGAAUCCACCUUCUUUUCUAAUGAGGAGAUACUGAAGUCAAUAAAAUCAUUCCAAAGAGAAACUCGGGAAGAAACCAAGGGAGAGGCAUCUCCAUCAGAACUGAAAGCUCAGCUUGAAAGUCUAGAAACAGAUCUCUCAUUUUUAAUAAAAUUUACUGGGUUUAAUUUCACAAGUCAUUCCAAGAAAACACUGGAAAAAACUAGAAACAGGACAGUGCAGAGGCACAGAUUAUCAGGGAAGUGUCACUCCCUGUCUUUUCAACUGGAAUUCCAGCUUCUUGAAAUGCAGGACAAUGAGGAGGUGUCUGCUGUUGUUAGUGAUCUCAGCAUUAUAAUGGAAUCCAGAGAAGAUUCAAAUGUGAGCAAGUUUGUGUCAAGUGCUGAAGAACGUGGAGAUCUUCUAACAUUUUUUAGAAGCCUCUCAACCUAUGCUGAGUGGUAUGAGCAUCGUAGACGCACCUUCCUGCAUUUCAAGGCCAAGUAUCCUGACAUUGUGACCCUUCCAGAAGGACUUUGGGGAGAUUUUAUCAUUCUAAGGAGCCCCAAAGUUUCUGGGUUUGAAUUGAUGAUUGUCUGGAAGAUCCACCUCGAUGAAGAAGGGACCACUACACCUGUCCUGGACCUGCUGCCCAAAGUACCAGAGCAAGUGCUGGAGAAGAGGAUGAGCAGUGUGGAGAGCAUCCCUGGCAGCUUCCGCAGCGCGCUGCGGCUCUUCGGGAUUGAGGCAGCCAUCGAGAACCUGAUCAAAGUGCUGGCCUCAGAAAAAUGACUUACUUACACCAGGUAGCAAUUUCAAAAGUAGUUUUAA